AUGGACACCCUUCAAAUUUUUACACGGACACCCUUUAGUUCUAUCCAAAAUAUCCACAUAAUCAUCCAAUUAUUCAACAUAAUCCAUCAUCAAGACAAUCCAACGCAUCAUUCAGAAUGGGUUUGGGACAUCGAGGAUACCAAGAAAUUCGUGGUUGAAAAAGUUACCUACGAAAGAAAGAUUGGGGGAGAGAUGCGUUCAAUUGUGUUCAAUUUUGUGUUACACCCCAAACAAAGGAUAUCGAAGGCGAAUUGUUUUAUGUUUCCGCAUUAUGCACAAUUUAUCCUUCUUUGA